UUAUUCUAAGGUUAAAAUGAAAUGAAUCGAUACAAUUAUAAUGUAGUGAUAAAAAUUAAGGAAAAAAACUUGGAUUGUAAAAACAUAUUUGUUGAUAAUGUGAAGACCUACGGAGCUAUAAAACGACCAUAAAAUAUUUUUAAAAUAUCAUAAAAUGUAUACCUAUUUUUUAUCAAAUACCAUACUCUUUUUAUUAUUUACAUCGUAUACAUUUCAACAAGAUGACCAUAGCGAUCCACAUCAUUCCCAUGUCAAGUGUAACUUGACGGUGAACCCACAAAAUGUUCGCAUCAAUUUUAAUACGCAGGUAGUACAAAAUGAAUAUAUUGUUGCUUUUAAUGGCUAUUAUAAACAUGCAACUAGGGCAAAUUUUAUAAAUGCAGCUUUAAAUGGAUCACAUGUACAAAAAUGGACAAUAGUAGAACGUAAUAAUCCAGCAAGUGAUUUUCCUAGUGAUUUCGAUGUUAUUGUUUUGGAAGAAACAGAUAAAAAUGAUGGCCUUGAAGCGCUAUCGAAACAUCCAUCUAUAAAACGGGUAACACCUCAACGAAUGGUCCACAGAAGUUUAAAAUUUGAAAGUGAACCUUUUACGGAUUGUGUUGGUACUUCAUGUCAUACUUGGCGAAAUAUUCGUCGAAGUCGUGCUAGCUUAACAUAUAAUAGUAAAUUAAAAGAAAAUCAAAAAUUAAGCAGUGGUAGACGUUUGUUACGUGCUGUACCACGACAAAUCACUUCGAUUUUACAAGCGGAUGCACUUUGGGGAAUGGGAAUCACUGGGCAAGGUGUAAAAGUAGCAGUAUUUGAUACUGGUUUAGCAAAAACACAUCCACAUUUUAAAAAAAUUAAAGAGAGGACAAAUUGGACAAAUGAGAAAACAUUAGAUGAUGGGCUAGGACAUGGGACAUUUGUAGCAGGUGUUAUCGCAUCCACAAAAGAAUGUCUAGGAUUUGCACCUGAUUCAGAGUUGCAUAUUUUCCGAGUUUUUACCCAAAAACAAGUUUCGUACACUUCAUGGUUUUUAGAUGCAUUUAAUUAUGCAAUUUUAAAAAAGGUAAAUGUAUUAAACUUGAGUAUUGGUGGACCGGAUUUUAUGGAUCAUCCAUUUGUGGAUAAAGUUUGGGAGUUGACAGCGAAUAAUAUUAUUAUGAUAUCAGCAAUUGGUAAUGAUGGCCCAUUGUAUGGAACGUUAAAUAAUCCAGCGGAUCAAAUGGAUGUUAUUGGUGUGGGUGGUAUUAACUUUGAGGAUCAGAUAGCUAAAUUUUCUUCGCGUGGUAUGACCACAUGGGAAUUGCCAAAUGGUUAUGGACGAAUUAAGCCUGAUAUUGUCACUUAUGGCUCAGCAGUUCGAGGUUCGAGUAUUAAGGGUGGAUGUCGAUCACUUUCAGGCACUAGUGUCGCAUCUCCAGUGGUUGCAGGUGCUGUUACCUUAUUAGCUAGUGGGGUUUUACACCGUCAAAAUAUUAUAAAUCCAGCAAGCAUGAAACAAGCAUUAAUGGCUUCUGCUCGUCGAUUACCUGGUGUUAACAUGUUUGAACAAGGACACGGAAAAUUGGAUUUAUUAAAAGCUUAUCAAAUAUUAAAAACAUACAAACCACAAGUCAGUUUAAGUCCAAGCUACAUUGAUUUGAGUGAGUGUCCCUAUAUGUGGCCUUAUUGUACACAACCGAUUUAUUAUGGAGGUAUGGCAACUAUUGUGAAUGUUACAAUACUGAAUGGAUUAGGAGUGUCAGGCCACGUGAAAGGAAAACCACAAUGGCAUCCCUAUACACCACAAUUUGGCGAAUAUAUUGAUGUUUCUAUAACACAUUCAGAAUUAAUAUGGCCUUGGUCAGGAUGGUUAGCCAUUAGUAUUGGUGUGACAAAAGAAGCAAUGUCAUGGGAAGGUUUAGCUAGUGGUUCUGUAUCAUUAACAGUUGAAUCACCAGCCGGUGAAGGAGAAACAGAACCACGACAAUCAGUAGUAGAAAUAACAAUACGUGUAAAAAUAAUACCAACGCCACCGCGACAUAAACGUAUUUUAUGGGAUCAAUAUCAUAAUUUAAGAUAUCCACCCGGUUAUUUUCCACGUGAUAAUCUAAAAAUCAAGAAUGAUCCGUUGGAUUGGAAUGGUGAUCAUAUACAUACAAAUUUUAAGGAUAUGUAUCAAUAUUUAAGAAACGCUGGAUAUUAUAUAGAAGUUUUAGGUUCACCAUUUACAUGUUUCGAUGCUUCACAAUAUGGUACUUUAUUAAUUGUUGAUCCUGAGGAAGAAUAUUUUCCUGAAGAAAUAGUGAAAUUAAAUCGUGAUAUCGAAAAUGGUUUAUCUGUAAUAUUAUUUGCUGAUUGGUAUAAUGUAUCAGUUAUGAAAAAAGUAAAAUUUUAUGAUGAAAAUACACGACAAUGGUGGAUGCCAGAUACAGGAGGUGCAAAUAUACCUGCAAUUAAUGAUUUAUUAUCGACAUGGGGUAUUUCAUUAGGCGAUCAAGUGUACGAGGGAUCGUUUAAGUUAGGUGAUCAUGAAAUGUAUUAUGCAUCUGGAAGUCAUAUUAUACAAUUUCCUACGAAUGGAAUUUUAAUUACUCAAACAUUAAAUGAUCAAGGCUUACAGAUAAUUGAUGGAAAUGAAGAAAAACAUAAAAAUGAAGUGUCGAUCCUUGGUUUAUAUCAAACUGAAACAAAUAAUGAGAAGAGUGGUCGUAUAAUUGUUUAUGGGGAUUCAAAUUGUUUAGAUAAUAGUCAUCUGAGUAAAGCAUGCUUCUGGAUGUUAGCUGCAUUUUUAGAUUAUACAUCAACAAAUCAUUUACCAUCUGUAUUCAAAGAAAAUAGUAACCCUGAUUUUUUAAUAAAGAAUUCAUUGUCAGUAGAAUUACCACAACGUAUGGAUGGUAGUCGUUUGUAUCGUUAUUCAAAAGUAUUAGAUAAUCAUUUGGGUUCAACAACAAAUACACGAACAUUACCACAAUGUCCACAUUUGGUAUGGGCACAGCCAGUUCCUGUCAAUAUAUCAGCACCAAGUAAUUUGUACAAGUCACAAAAAUUAUUGUCAUUAGUGGAUGAAGAAGCUGCUGGGGGUGCUACAAUGAACUUUGAUUCGGAUGCCAAUGAAGCUAUACCAAGUGCAUUACAAUUGGAUAGUGAUGAACGAAUGAUAUGGGGUUGGCGUAAUAAAGCAGUAGUUGUUACCAAAAACUAUGAAGAGAAUUUUACUCUUGUUGUAUUUGUUUUACUUUGUCUCACAUAUAUUGUUAUUUACUUCGUAAUACGGUGGUUUAAACAACGUGGGCGACCAAAACGAAAACGUCCACCGAAAUUAAGAAAAUUAAUAGCUGCUGUUGGAAGUAGAUUACCGGCAGUGUGAUCAUUCUUAAUUUUCCUAAUACGUAGUAAACAUGACAUUAAACCGUACUAUCGAUAUUUUACCUUAAAUUUGUUUAUCUUCCAAAGGAUUUUUUUUUGUGAUUUAUAUAGUAUAAAAAAAGACUUUACACUAUUAAAACUGGUUCGGAAAAUUCCAAAAAUACUUUGUUUUGGCAGAAUAUGACUUUAGCAAAAAUCAUUUUGUGUGUCACUCAUAAACACGAAAUGUCCCUUGCCCGGUAUCCCGAAAAUUAUUAUUUUUAAGAUAGCACUAAUAAUUAUUUAUAGUUUUUAUGGAUUAUCACACUUUAAUCAUAAAUGAUUAUUUAAAAAUUCGAAAAGCAUUUCUUGGAGUUUUGCUUGGAGUCGAUUAGAAUCGACUUUAAACACGAUCUCGGGACAUUUCGAACCAUCUUUUGUUGAGUAAAUUAAAAACAAUUUAUUAUUAGAAAUAAAUACGGGACAAAGGACAAAUAAUAUAACAAGGGUGAAUUUUUUCGUUUUUUAAAAUUUUCGUAAGUGCAAUCAAAAUUUCAAUUUGAACAUCAAAAAGACAUAAGUGCUAAAAUACGUGACUAAGACAUCGGCUUACAAGUGAUUUAUUUUAAGUUUAAAUUAGUGAAGUAGACUCGAAUUAAACGGUAUUAAUAUUUCGAAAUUUCUUUUGUAACUUUUGAAUUAUUCAAAGAAAAUGUAUGGUCUAAUAGAUAUUUAGUUUUUCACUUAAACUAAUGAAUGUAGUUUUAGGUUUCAAAAUAAGACUGUUGGAAGGUUACGAUAAUUAAUUAUGAAAGUAAUGC